GGGGCUGGGGCGUUAGCCGCGUCCCGGCUCAGAGCCCGCCGAGAGGACGAGGAGCGACCGAGGCGCCGCCGCCGCCGCCGCGGCACACGCGACGAACCAUGGGGGCCGCCGGCCGCCGCUGAGCCCAACCCCGGCACGGCUCCCCCGCGCCCCGGCACCGUCUCCUGCGGACUCCCUUGACCCCAGAGAUUAAUGUGGCUGCUUCUGACUAAGGAUCCUGGGACCACAGAUGUUCAGUGAAGUAACAUAUACAUAUAAGAAACAUGAUUCCGGUGACAGAGUUCCGGCAGUUCUCCGAGCAGCAGCCUGCCUUCCGGGUGCUGAAGCCGUGGUGGGAUGUGUUCACGGAUUACCUCUCGGUGGCCAUGCUGAUGAUCGGAGUGUUCGGAUGUACCUUACAGGUCAUGCAAGACAAGAUCAUCUGCCUUCCAAAAAGGGUGCAGGCCGCUCAGAACCACACUUCCGUUUCCAACGUCUCCCAGGCGGGCGUCGGCACCACCCCGCUGCCUCCGCCCAAGCCCUCGGCGAGCAGCCCCGCCACGGUGGAGAUGAAAGGCCUGAAGACGGACCUGGACCUCCAGCAGUACAGCUUCAUCAACCAGAUGUGCUACGAGCGGGCCCUGCACUGGUACGCCAAGUACUUCCCUUACCUCGUGCUCAUCCACACCCUGGUGUUCAUGCUCUGUAGCAACUUCUGGUUCAAAUUCCCGGGCUCCAGUUCCAAGAUUGAGCACUUCAUCUCCAUCCUGGGGAAGUGCUUCGACUCGCCGUGGACCACGCGGGCCCUCUCUGAAGUGUCCGGGGAGGACUCAGAAGAGAAGGACAACAGGAAGAACCACGUGAGCAGGUCCGCCGCCAUCCAGUCGGGUCCCGAAGGCAGCCUGGUCAACUCCCAGUCCCUGAAGUCCAUCCCCGAGAAGUUCGUGGUGGACAAGUCUACGGCGGGGGCUCUGGACAAGAAGGAGGGCGAGCAGGCGAAGGCCCUGUUUGAGAAGGUGAAGAAGUUCCGGCUGCACGUGGAGGAGGGUGACAUCCUCUAUGCCAUGUACGUGCGGCAGACCGUGCUGAAGGUCAUCAAAUUCCUCAUCAUCAUCGCCUACAACAGCGCCCUGGUCUCCAAGGUACAGUUCACCGUGGACUGCAACGUGGACAUCCAGGACAUGACGGGCUACAAGACCUUUUCCUGCAACCACACCAUGGCUCACCUGUUCUCCAAGCUGUCCUUCUGCUACCUGUGCUUCGUAAGCAUCUACGGCCUGACGUGCCUUUACACCCUGUACUGGCUGUUCUACCGCUCUCUGAGGGAAUACUCCUUCGAGUACGUCCGGCAGGAGACUGGGAUCGACGACAUCCCGGACGUGAAGAACGACUUCGCUUUCAUGCUGCACAUGAUAGACCAGUACGACCCUCUCUACUCCAAGCGCUUCGCCGUGUUCCUGUCGGAAGUCAGCGAGAACAAGCUGAAACAGCUCAACCUCAACAACGAGUGGACCCCCGACAAGCUGAGGCAGAAGCUGCAGACGAACGCCCACAACCGCCUGGAGCUGCCUCUCAUCAUGCUGUCCGGGCUGCCCGACACAGUGUUCGAGAUCACCGAGCUGCAGUCCCUGAAGCUGGAGAUCAUCAAGAACGUCAUGCUCCCGGCCACCAUCGCCCAGCUGGACAACCUGCAGGAGCUGUCCCUGCACCAGUGCUCCGUCAAGAUCCACAGCGCCGCGCUCUCCUUCCUCAAGGAGAACCUCAAGGUCCUGAGCGUCAAGUUCGACGACAUGCGGGAGCUGCCCCCCUGGAUGUACGGCCUCCGCAACCUGGAAGAGCUCUACCUGGUGGGCUCCCUGAGCCACGACAUCUCCAAAAACGUCGCCCUGGAGUCCCUGCGGGACCUCAAGAGCCUCAAGAUUCUCUCCAUCAAGAGCAACGUCUCCAAAAUCCCUCAGGCCGUGGUGGACGUGUCCAGCCACCUGCAGAAGAUGUGUGUCCACAACGACGGCACGAAGCUGGUGAUGCUCAACAACCUGAAGAAGAUGACCAACCUGACAGAGCUGGAGCUCGUCCACUGCGACCUGGAGCGCAUCCCCCACGCCGUGUUCAGCCUGCUCAGCCUGCAGGAGCUCGACCUGAAGGAGAACAACCUCAAGUCCAUAGAGGAGAUCGUGAGCUUCCAGCACCUCAGGAAGCUCACGGUGCUCAAGCUGUGGCACAACGGCAUCACCUACAUCCCGGAGCACAUCAAGAAGCUGAGCAGCCUGGAGCGGCUCUUCUUCAGCCACAACAAGGUGGAGGUGCUGCCUUCCCACCUCUUCCUCUGCAACAAGAUCCGCUACCUGGACUUGUCCUAUAACGACAUUCGCUUCAUCCCGCCCGAAAUCGGAGUUCUGCAAAGUUUACAGUAUUUCUCCAUCACUUCCAACAAGGUGGAGAGCCUUCCCGAUGAACUGUACUUUUGCAAGAAACUGAAAACUCUGAAGAUUGGGAAAAACAGCCUCUCCGUGCUUUCGCCCAAAAUCGGGAAUUUACUGUUCCUUUCUUACCUGGACAUCAAAGGCAAUCACUUGGAGACCCUCCCUCCCGAGCUGGGGGACUGCCGGGCUCUGAAGCGAGCCGGGCUGGUUGUGGAAGAUGCUCUGUUCGAGACGCUGCCCUCAGAUGUCCGGGAGCAAAUGAAAGCGGAAUAACUUAUUUUUCAUCAAAAUAUGACUGAAACAUGCUUCUACCAAAUACAAUAUAAAGAAUUAGGUAGUCUUAAUGCCUUUCCUAUAUUAUUUUUUGUUUGUUUUUCUUUUCCUUUCCACACAAGACAAAAUGUACACAAAGAUUGAGUAAGGAGUAUGUAUUUUUUAAUAAAAUUUUAAUUGUAUUUUUUCAAUAUUAACAUUUUAAAGUUUUGUUUGUCCUGGAGGCUCACGCAUCUCUAAGUGUUUCCUAGCCACAGGGAUGGCUAAUUCUGUCUGGCUCCGGGCUGUGUCUUCUCACCUCAGUUCCUUCUUGUGAAAGGAAGGGAAUCACAGAUUGUGUACAUUUUGGCAUAUUUUAAACGGGCGGAGACACUUCGCCAGUGCCAUCUUUACCUCGGUUCUACCUGUCCUUGUUUGUGUUUUCAUCACGUGUUCCAAGGAGCUCAUGCCUCUUGUUUUCGGGUCAGCUGCCUUCUUCAUUGGUCCAGUUUUUUCACUCCAUCUAGAAAACACUAGAGUGUUGGUUCACACAAGUGCAUUGUCACAGAGGUAUUAUCCUGAAAGGUUCCCUGCUUUCCGGCACCAUUAAUUGUAUUAUUUCCUAAACAACAGUCUCCGUCAGCCUCAGAAGGGCGUUUUGUGUGGGCAGAGAAGGCAGUCCCUGGUCGUUGUCAGCCUCGUGCUCGUCAUUUGUUGUUUAACUGAUUUGAAUUUUUACCAACAUCCUAAAGUAUGUCAUUAAAAAUUAAGUACAGCCCCCCCCAACCUCGGUAUUGCCCUGUGAUACUGGCGAACAACAUUAGGGAAAUUAGAUUUAGUUCAAUAUUCCAGCAGAUAAUUAAAUUCUGAAAUCAUAGGAUUAGAAGCCUGUUUUGAGUAAUUUAAUCAUUUUUUGAUGCCUUGAUAUGUGGAUGCUCUCGAUGGAAGCUCUCGAUGGAAAACCAUCUUGCUACUAAGGCACUCUGUUAAAAAAAAAAAAAAGAAAAAAGCUGAUGUAUUCUCGCAGGCCCCGCCCCCUCCCCGGGCCUGCGCAGUGAUGAUCGUUCACUUUCUGCCUGCUGAACGAAAACAGCGCAAUAUAUAUGUGCUUAGGCGACGACUUCCGGCGAGCCUGCCCCCAUGCGGAUGCUAGUGAUGGCAGCAUGGAAUGCCUCGGCUCUCUGCUUUAAGUUCCGCCUCCCAACGGUCUGAUUGCUUCCCGAAUCUGUGACUGACCUCUGAGUGUUGUCGCUCAUCAGUAAUUCCCGCCUGGCGGCUGGCGAAGCCUUUACUUACCUUAAACUCCAGCCUAGUGCGGAGACUUGAGCUACACAGGUCACUGACUGGUGUAAGGACGGAGUCGACAGUGGAAGGAGGCAGAUGCAUGUUUUGAAGAAUGUUUUCUUAGCCCCGUGGCCUUGCCCAGCUCCGCUUUUUGUGGCAUGCAGGCUUGUGGAAGGCAGCUCUGAAGGCGCUGGGCAGACAUGGUCCUCACCUGAGUUAAGAGAGAGAUGUGGCUGUGCAGCUCAGUGAGGAAGUUUGUCCAGCAGUUCACCCCGGAGCCCGGGUUCAGUUACCUCACACUGCAGAACAGAGAUGGGGGCAGAAACUGUCGCUCGUGCGGGUCAAGGACCCAGGACAGCUCUGCGUGAAGGGCUAGCCGCGUGCAAGUCCUUCUGUUUUCUUUUGAAACUUCCAGUCAUGAUUUCCUUAAACCUAGAACUGAAGUAAUAAUAUUUGAAGCCCUAUCAUUGCUAGACUUCUUAUAUGAAGAAGUAUUUGGUUUUAGAAUGUGAGAUCCUGACUAUGGGUUGGGUUGUGUUCAGAAACAGCUCCGUCUUAAAGGAUUUAUGAGCAAAUUAUCUAUUACUGAGCACGACUAACCUGUUAUUGAAAGUAAAUUGAGCCAAUUAGACGUUAAGGUUUAUGGGUGUUUCCAACAUCAUCCUUCAAAUGGGAUCUGUUCAGCUUAAAUACCAUGUUCAUGCUGCCUUUAUCUGGCAUUAACUAAAAAUCCCAUAUGGGUUCAUAACUAAAACAAGUCACCAGUAAUUCAAUUUUAUCAAGCUUCCAAAAUAAUUUGAUUUAUUUUUGUAAUAGUCCUGCAGGCUAACCCCCAACCUGAGUUGUAAAUAGCAUUCAGUAAAUCAGUAUAAUGCUGUGACUUUGUGUUUUAACUAAGAGGAAAAUAUUCAUAGGACUUUCUAUUAGAUUUUAUAAAACUUCCAAAGCUUCAAACUUAACUUUGAAGAGUUUUCUGAUUCUUGUCCUUUUUAAUACGGUAAGUUUUUGUUCACAUUCUUGAGUGAAACACAUUUGGUUACUCUUUAGCCUCCAAUGGGAAACUCAGGUACCUGAACUGCUGACUUUUCUAACAUUUUUUGAUCCAGCUCAGUGCACAGAGGCCAGCUGCCUCGCCUCCCUGCCUCGUCUCUCUGUGUUUUCCAAGUGCUCUUUCUGAGAAGGAUCAGCCAGCUCUCUGUCCAGCCUCUGAGUCAUAACAAGCUGCUGUGUAAAUCACAAAUGUGCCAUCUGGAUUCCUAACUCCAGGGGUGGCUUCAAGCCCAAGGCGGCCAUGCUGUACAGUGAGGUUUAGUAAGGGAACAAACAGCAUGUGGUCAUGUUCUGGUUGGGCGGUCCUAAUAGAACCCCACCAAGCUGCAAGCUGGCUCUGUAGGUAAAGGCACUUGCCAUCCGGAAGGAGGACCUGACUUUGAUCUUCAGGAUCCACGCGGUGGAAGGACAGAACUGCCUUUCCUAAGUUGUCCUCUGGCACACAAACUAAUUAAUGUAAGUUUCAGAUCAUAAAAACCACACCUAAGGAACAUGACACCUCUGAACAGAUUGUGUUUUCUUAUCACACAAUUUGGUCUGGUUUUGAAUAUCAAAACUCUGGAUGAGAUGAAGCUGGUGUAUACAUGUGUAGGUGCCUCGGAUUGCCCACCCAGCUCUUUCCCACUCCCACCCCCGCUGUUACGGUGAGCUCCGACAUCUCCAUCCUGUCCUGAGCAGCGAGCAGGAGGCUGCCUUUCCAGGCUCUUGGGGAAUGUUCCUGCUCGAAGGAUGUUGUUCAUUUCCGUCAUAGGGUCUGAGACAGCAUGGACUCUUCCAUGGGCUUCUUGGAACAGAAGCCCAAUUUCUGGCAGUAUGCUAGCUUACGGCUUUAGAUAUCUUCCUCUCUAAUCCAGUUUCAGACCAAAGGCCUGAUCAGCAGUAUUGCCUUUCCAACAGUAACACGCUCGCCAAUACAAAAUCCGUUAGCACUACUCUUGCAAAUAACAUAAAUGUUGAUGCAAUUCUGGCUUUUCAGAGAGUAAAUCAAGACUACAUUAACACUUUUCUGUGACUCCUGGAUGAAUGGUGCUGACUAGAGUUUACACUGGGGCAGAAUCUCAAGAGCAGGGCUUCAUACUCAAGGGAGCAAAAUGGCGUGGCUCCCCCGAGGAGGCUUCCUGAAGCAUCUGUGCGUCUAUCUUGUCUGUUUAGAGACUCAGUAAGAACACUCUGGCAGUCUUGCCUAGAGCCACCAUCAGUUUUCAGGUUUAGGUCCCAAUCUUCAAGUUUCUGAUAAUUUGAUACCAGGCACGCAAAAAGCGUCUGCUCCCAUCCCCCUUCCCAAAGUCAUCCUCUAAUGAAGAUGGCAUUUUUCUGAUUAUCUGAGGGAGAGAGAAGAGAGUCUUCCCUCUCUUCCCAAGGAUUUUUUUUUUAAACAGAGGGGUUUAUAACAUUGGAUAGCUUAAGUUAGCGGCCAGAUAGACCCCACGAUGUGUUUAGGGUUUGCUUUGUUCUUUGAGCCAGGGUCUUGCUUUUUAGCCCAGGCUGACCUUGACCUUGAGAUCCUUUUGCCUCAGCUUCCUGGGCACUGGAUAACAGGUGUUGACCGCAGACCUGGCCUGCAUGGUUUGGAAUGUAUUCAUUCGCUCCUCUGCUCUCCCACCGUACUCCUCUUUGGCGGUGAGACUCCAUGCCUUAUGUGCUUGCUCAGUGUUUGUCUUGCGUUCAUUUCCUAUGCUCGUGUGCACUCAGACUGUCAAGUGCAGGCAAACUUCUUGGACUGUCAAGAAGAAGGACUGAUAAUUGAUUUGUCAUAAUACAUGUUCAUGAAAGGAAAUGUCUUAAUGUUAUUUGGCUAUGUAGUGUGCAGGAACAACAAUAAAGUCUUUUUUUUAAACUGAA